ACUUUUUCGUGGUAUUUUAUGCAUGUCAAUCAGAGCAAAAGCAGAAGUAAAGCUAAGCAAAUAUUGUUGGAGACCAAAUCUAAUACAACGAGAUAUAACUAAGUACAGAAAUGGCACUGCCGAUACAACACGAGGAUCUGACGAAGCUGAAGGUCUUCAUUGACUUUGUGGUCGCGAAUCCCACUGUCUUGAACAUGCCGCAGCUGCAGUUCGUCAAAGAUUUUGUGGAGAAGUUCGGUGGCAAGGUGCCGCCUGGCCAAUUCAGCGAUGGCGGUGCCGGAGGCAAGUGCCCCUUCGGUGGCGAUGCUGGUGCAAAGGCCAAAGAGCCGGCAUCUGGGGCCACUGAUGGCAAUGCCCCCGUGGAUAGCGAGGACGAGGAGUCCCUUUCCGAUCCCGAAUCGGAUGUGGAGCUGGACAUGGAGGGUGUGAUCGAGGCGGACAGCGAUCCCGCCCAACCCAUGGGCGACUCCAGCAAAGAGCCCACCGAAGAGGAGGUGGAUCAGGCGGGCGAUCUGCGCGCCCAGGCGGCCUCUGCCUACGGCCAGCAGAAGUUCGACGAGGCAAUCGCCUUCUACACCAAGGCCAUCGAACUAAACCCGGGCAAUGCCCUGUUCCACGCCAAGCGUGGCCAGGCCUUUCUCAAGCUGAAGAAACCGAAUGCCUGCAUUCGGGACUGCGACAAGGCACUGGAACUGAACUGCGAUUCGGCGGCUGCCUACAAGUUCAGAGGACGCGCCCGUCGCCUCCUUGGAGACUUUGAGCUGGCUGCCAAGGAUUUGCGGCAGGCAUGCAAGCUGGACUUUGACGAGGAGACGGAUGAGUGGCUAAAGGAGGUAACUCCGAAUGCCAAGAAAAUCGAGCAGCAUCGCGUGAAACAGGAGCGUCGCCAGGCCGAGCGUAAGAUUAAGGAACGCCAGCGGGCACAGAGGCGCGCACGCAAGGAGCAGGAAAAGCAGAAUGCUAGCUCUGGUGGAUCAUCUGGAGGAUUCCCCGGUGGGCCGUCUGGAUUCCCCGGCGGAAUGCCUGGAGGUUUUCCUGGUGGAGCAUCUGGUGGAUUCCCUGGCGGAUUCCCGGGCGCAUUUCCUGGUAACGUAGAUAUGACUGAUUUAUUGGGAGCCAUAAAGGAUCCCGAGGUGGCAGCCGCCAUGCAGGACAUUUUGGCAAAUCCGGCCAACAUCACAAAGUACGCGUCGAACCCGAAGAUAUUUAACCUUAUUAAGAAGUUCGUGCCCGGUGGAGAUUUGGGUGCUGCUUUUGGCCAAGCGGAUGAAAAAGCUGGAGAGCCGAGCGAGCCAAAGACUAAAAAGGGCUCCGCCGAUUUCGUCGAUGACGGUUUGGACUAAGGUUUAGAGAUUGGAAAGUAGUAGGACUGAAACAAGCGGCGAUUAAAACAAAAAAAAAAGAAGUUAACAAACCAAACACACGAAAUAGAGCGAGAUGAAAAAGCAGCAAAGAAAGAGAAAGAAAUAGAGAGCGAGGAAGAUAAAAAGUACCAUAAAAAACAUAAAAGGGAAAGCGGCUGCUAUACACAUUUUUCAUCUCAGAUAUAAACAUUUCCUAAGCUUUAUCUUAACCCACACGUAAAAGAAAGGUCAGCAAUGCAGAAAAUUUAAAUAUAUAUAAUAUAUGUAUACAUAAAAUACUACCAGCAGUCAGAAGAGAAGUAACUAUUAUUUCAACUCUCAGCUAAGACCAUACGGAAAUAGAACAGAUAGAUGUGGAGAUGCUUCUUCACACAUUAUCCAAAAUCAUAUUCGCGGCCAUUCAAAUAAGCAACUGAAACAAUACAAAACAGAGCUAGAAUAUGUUUAGCAACUUUUUCCCAUUUGCUCGGAUUAACCUAUGCCACUCUCAGUUCAUUGGGAAAUCAUAAAACUGUCCUGUGAAAAGCAAAAUACGAAUGUUUCCUUAUUAUUGUUUAAACGUAAAGUCAUAUACAAGGGUCUCGAUCGAUCUAGUUGAACUAAAGCUCGAUAAGAAACCAAAACAACAUAAAAAGAAAUAUAUUCAAUAAUAUUAGCCUAAAUUACCUGUGCUCGGAGACAACAGAAUAACACGCCGAAGAAACGGAUAAAACUAAUCACACCAUUUUGUCAAACAAAAUUGUACUGAGUAGGAUUUGAUUCAUAUUGUACUAAGCAAAUGCAUUUAGCCUCCAAAAUUAUAACAAUCGCCCACUCAUAUUCAACACUCAUUCACACAUACAUAUAUUCAUGGCCUACACGACAUGUCUCACAUUCAUUCAACCAGUGAUCAAUGGAAUUAAAUAAACGAGAAUCCGAAGUGCUAA